GCAGUGCUAUGGCAUCUCUCACCUGCUCUCAUUCCUGACCUAUAUUUUUUGAAGAGGGAAGGGGGGAAAAAAGUCACGGGAUUUGUCUUAUUUGGAGCCCUAAACAUUAGUGACUAGAGAUUUUCUCAUCAUCCUUUUAUCUGUAGGAUGGAAUGGAGAAUCCUAAGUUUUAAAUUUUUAAGGCAAAAACUAAUUUCAUGCACAUACAAAAUUUCCAUUACAUAACUAUCAGUCUUUUGCCCAGUUUCCUUAGAAACUUCUUCAGUAAAUUGCUUCUUUACAAACUGCUGAAAGAAAUUUCUCAUAAUGACAUGUCCUUUUUACUUUUGUGGUAAUAAUUGGUUCUACUCUUGUGUUCUUUUCCCCAAAUUACUACAUAAGUUUAAGUGACCCUUAGAAUAAGAAGUUUAAGACUUUGAAGUUGUGUAAUUUCCUAAGGGGAGGAUUGACAUGGAAACUUGUUUUUCACUGUAUAUUGAUUUGAAUCUUCCAAAUGCCAUAGACUGAGCAUGCAUUAUGUACUCACAUAGAAAAUUAAAAAGAAAAGUUUUAAAUAGCAUAAAAGUUUAAGAAUCACAAAUGUGUAAAUUUUAAAAACCAAUCCUUUGAAAAUUCAGUAAUAUUUUUGAGAUAAAUCUAUUAUGAUUGCCUAAUUAAAAUCAUUUUUGUAAACAAAAUCUUGAGGAAACCUCACUCCAGGAAUUUUACUAUCAAACUAAAUUAACCUUAUAAAACAACUUCAAAGGGAAUAAUCUAUCCAUAUAUAUUCAUUCAAUAUAGUUAUGUAAUAUGCACAUGUAAGUAUAAAUGUAUAAAAUUAACAAAAUAUGAAUGUAUUUCCAAAGAGGAUUGAACUUUGUAAUUACUCCAAAAAACAGAUAACGGCAUAUAGAAAAAUGUGAAACACUAAAAAAAGGAAAUCAGAAUAAUUUACAUAUGUAGAGAGAGCAAAAUUCUACCAAGAAUAAGAGUAAGUUAAUUUGUUAUUAGAAAAGAUGGCGAUUUAAUAAUACACUUAAUAGAAAUUUUAUUCCACUUCAUUUCCAACUAAGAUAUCCACAAAUGGUAAUUGCUUUUGAAAUAGGAGUGCAAGAAACAAUUAGAGAAAUCUAAAAUCAUAAUUAGAAGACCGUAGUGGUGUUCCUUUUACAGUCAUCUAUAAUCAAGUACAUUUUGCUAAUCUCACUGGGUGUAGUAAAGGCUUAGGACUCUGAGCGCCGCUGUUCACCAACUCUGAGAAAAGCUCAGUCAGAGCUCGUCAGAUAUUAGGAUCUGCAACUACACAAAGCCCCGCAGAUACCACAGACCAACUCCGGGGGGCUGAAACAAAACUCAGCCUCCUAACCUGGGGCACUACGGGUUUCUCGAGAAAAUAGAUCACCAUAAUUUGCAGGAGGAAAAAAGAACCUAAGGAGUCAGCGUGCAGAGAAAGCAUUCCGAAAAAAAUCCGUAGUGAAAAAACAAUGGCCGCUCCAAGGAAUCGCCCGCACCACACAGGACUGGUCCUGCUGUGCCUUUUCCUGGGGAGACUGUGGGAGAUCAGGGCCAGUCAGAUCCACUACUCAGUGCCUGAAGAGACAGAAAAAGGCUAUAUCGUGGGGAAUAUCUCUAAGGAGCUGGGGCUGGAGCCCCGGGAGCUGGCGGAGCGCGGAGUCCGCAUCGUCUCCAGAGGUAGGACGCAGCUCUUUGCUCUGAACCCGCGAAGCGGCAGCUUGGUCACCGCGGGCAGAAUAGACCGGGAGGAGCUCUGCGCUCAGAGCACGCGGUGUCUGGUGAACUUUAAAGUCCUGGUUGAAGACAGAGUGCAACUUUAUGGAAUAGAAAUAGAAGUAACUGAUAUAAACGACAAUGCCCCAAAAUUCCAGACCGAAAAUCUGGAAGUAAAAAUUAACGAAAUCGCUGCACCUGGAACGCGUUAUCCACUCCCAGAGGCUGUUGACCGGGAUGUGGGCUUGAAUUCCCUGCAGAGCUACCAGCUCAGCCCCAGUCACCACUUCUCCCUGGACGUGCAAACUGGAGACGACGGAACUAUAAACCCAGAGCUGGUGCUGGAGCGGGCCCUGGACCGUGAGGAAGAGGCUGCUCACCACCUGGUCCUCACCGCCUCCGACAGCGGCGAUCCGCGUCGUUCCAGCACAGUGCACAUCCAGGUGACAGUGUUGGAUACAAACGACAAUGCCCCUGUUUUUGCUCAACCGAUUUACCGAGUGAAAGUCCCAGAGGACGUGCCCCAGGGCACCCGUCUGCUUACUGUAAGAGCUAGCGACCCGGAUGAGGGAGCCAACGGAAGAGUGGCGUAUACAUUCUGGAAAAUUAGUGAAAAACAAUCUCCAUUAUUCGAGCUUAAUGAAAACACUGGGGAAAUAUCAACAGCAAAGAAUCUAGAUUAUGAAGAAUGUGCAUUUUAUGAAAUGGAAAUACAAGCUGAAGAUGGUGGGGGAUUGAAGGGGCGGACUAAAGUGCUCAUUUCGCUGGAAGAUGUAAAUGACAAUAGACCGGAAGUGAUCAUGACAUCUCUGUUUAGCCCAGUGAGGGAAGAUGCUCCUCCAGGAACAGUAAUCCUUCUUUUCAAUGCUCACGACAGAGACUCCGGGAAGAACGGCCAAGUUGUCUGUUCCAUCCAGGAGAGCCUACCUUUUCAAUUAGAAAAGUCGAUAGAAGAUUAUUACAGAUUGUUGACAGCUCAAAUUCUUGACCGAGAAAAAAACUCUGAAUAUAACAUCACAGUGACUGCAACUGACAGAGGACGCCGCCCCUGUCCUCAGAAAUUCACGUCACCCUGCACGUGGUCGACAUCAACGACAAUCCACCCUCCUUCUCUCAAACCUCCUACUCAGUCUACCUCCCUGAGAACAACCUUAGAGGCACCGCCAUCUUCUCGGUGA